AUGACAGAUUCGGAGUAUUCAUUCUCUUUGACGACAUUUGCCCCGUCUGGCAAGCUCUUGCAGAUCGAGUACGCGCUCAACCGUGUGGCUGAAGGGCGCCCUGCUCUGGGAAUCAAAGCCAAGAACGGAGUUGUGCUGGCCACUGAGAAAAAGGUCACCAGUCCGCUUGUGGACGAGAAGACCUUGGCCAAGGUCGAGAACCUCUCCGACAGCGUAGGAAUGGUCUACGCAGGAAUGCCGGCAGAUUAUCGUGUUCUACUUCGCAGAGGGCGCAAAGUUGCGCAGCAGUACUACACCAUGUACCGUGAGCUGAUCCCGGUUUCACAAAUCGUGCGCGAAGAAGCUGCAAUCAUGCAGGAGUUUACCCAGUCCGGCGGAGUCCGGCCUUUUGGUGUAUCCUUGAUGAUCGCAGGCUUCGAUGACAGCGGCCCACAGCUCUUCCAAGUGGAUCCGUCUGGCACGUACUUCGGGUGGAAAGCCUCAGCCAUUGGCAAGAACCACGUCAAUGCAAAAUCCUUUUUGGAAAAGCGCUACAGCGAAGACAUUGAGCUUGAGGAUGCAAUCCACACCGCCAUACUCACACUGAAAGAGGGCUUUGAGGAAGCAAUCACGGCCGAGAACAUCGAGAUCGGCAUUGUGGGUACCGACAGGAAGUUUCGCGUGCUGACUCCAGCCGAAGUCCAAGACUACCUAGGAGAGGUGGAGUAG